AUGGUUGCUGAGGUGCCGGCUAAUGUGCGGCGGCCCGCCGCUCCCCUCAACGGUUGGGAAGCUGCAAAGCCAGCAUGGGCCACUGCAGGGUGGGACCCCCGCGCCGCAGCGGUGGCCGUCAACGCGACACCCUCUGCAACCAAAUCGGGCUGCGGCCGCGACGCUUGUGUCACGGCCGUCACUGCUGGGACGGAAGCCCACCAGGCCCUGGCGGGGCCGUCGCCCGCCGGCUGCGCUGCGCGCCUGGGCGCUGGCUCCCCGCCCACGCACAGCUCGCUCACGGAGCACUUCAAGCCCCGGUCGCCCGGCACCGGAACCGGUGUGUUCAUCCCUUUGGCCGGCAGCUCACCAAGCGCAAAGGCCCGCCGCAACAAGGCCGCCCGCGCCGCCGCCGCUGCGGCUGCCGCGGCGACGCGCGCAAUGGCGGCGGCGCCGCAGGAGACCCAGGGAAGCAGGGGCGGUGCCGCAGCGGCAGAGCGCCCCCUGCGAGGCCCGCACCCGGCCUCUGCCUCGUGCGACGUCCCGGGUCAGGCGCCUGCUGCGCUUGGCUGCGGGCUGGGCGCGGCGCUGGCAUCAGCCCACAGCGGCAGGGGUCUGACACAGACACUAUUCAGCGACAAACUGCCGCGCGUGGUCGAGCAAACGGGAUCGGGCUCGUUCAUUGGCCAGGCGCCGCCGCUGUGCACGAUGUACCGCAUAGUGGCGCCGCAGCACACGCAGCAGAUGCAGCAGGUGCAGCAGAUGCAGCAGAUGCAGCAGGUGCAGCAGGUGCAGCAGGUGCAGCGGGUGCAGCAGGUGCAGCAGCCGUUUCUGCAGCAGGCUCAGCCCGGCCGCGCCGCCGCCGCUGCGGCCGCGCAGGCCGCUCUGACCGCAGCCGCCGCCGCCCUGAGCGCCGCGCAGCAAGCUGCGCAAGGCGGCGCCGGCGCAGCGCGGUCAGCAUAG